AUGACCUUUCCGCUCACGCAAAUUCCCAGGUCUUCCCUCACGCCUCUGCACCGCCCUCCCCUCACACCUCCGGUGCCGGCUGUCCGUCGUCCGACUCCCCGUCCCUUCAUCUCAGUACCCCCCAAACACUCCUGUUCUCUUCCCAUCACGCUCCUAUACCCGUCCCCUUCCACUCACGCAUCCAACCCCUUCCCUACCCCUCCCGCUUCCAUUCCAUGCGGCUUCCUCUUCCCUUCUCUUCCACUCCCGCAUCCAUUCCCUUCCCUUGACCCGUACAUUUCCCGAGGGCAUCACACAUCCAGUCCCUUCCCCGCACGGACCCAUUCCCUUGGCCGCACACUCCAUUUCCUACCCCCCACUCUUCCACUCCCUUCCACUCAGGCAUCCAUUCCCUUCCCUGUUGACCACCCAGUCCCUUUCCCCCCCUGUCAUCCUCCCUUUCCCCCCCUCCUACCCUCCCUUUCCCCCCCUCCUACCCUCCCUUUCCCCCCCUCCAACCCUCCCUUUCCCCCCCUCCUACCCUCCCGUUCCCCCACUCCUAUGCUCCCUUUCCCCCCCUGUCAUCCUCCCUUUCCCCCCCUGUCCUCCUCCCUUUCCCCCCCUCCUACCCUCCCUUUCCCCCCCUCCUACCCUCCCUUUCCCCCCCUCCUACCCUCCCUUUCCCACACUCCACCUCGUCCGUCUCCGCACUCUCUCACGGCCAUUCCCCCACUUCCCCCAGUCCAAUCCCCCCUGUCGUCCUCCCUUCCCCCUGCUACCCCUGUCAUCCUCCCUUCCCCCUGCCACCCCUGUCAUCCUCCCUUCCCCCUGCUACCCCUCUCAUCCUCCCUUCCCCCUGCCACCCCUGUCAUCCUCCCUUCCCCCUGCUACCCAUGUCAUCCUCCCUUCCCCCUGCUACCCAUGUCAUCCUCCCUUACCCCUGCUACCCAUGUCAUCCUCCCUUCCCCCUGCUACCCCUGUCAUCCUCCCUUCCCCCUGCUACCCCUGUCAUCCUCCCUUCCCCCUGCUACCCCUGUCAUCCUCCCUUCCCCCUGCCACCCCUGUCAUCUUCCCUUCCCCCUGCUACCCCUGUCAUCCUCCCUUCCCCCUGCUACCCCUAUCAUCCUCCCUUCCCCCUGCCACCCCUGUCGUCCUCCCUUCCCCCUGCCACCCCUGUCAUCCUCCCUUCCCCCUGCUACCCCUGUCAUCCUCCCUUCCCCCUGCCACCCCUGUCGUCCUCCCUUCCCCCUGCCACCCCUGUCAUCCUCCCCCCUGCUACCCCUGGAGCCAGAAACGGACCCCAGCCACGCUGCAGCAUCUGCAGCUGCUGCCGCUGGUGAGCGUGCUUCUGCAGUGCAAUCAUCGACUCAAACGCCCGCACUUUAG